AUGUCGGCCAGCGCUGCAGCUCCGCCGACGCCGCCGCAGACGACUCUACCUCGCACAUCCUCCACGCGCCGGCCUCAGCAGUCCACCGAUCGCCCGCACCGCACCGCCAGUGCGACCGCCCCACGAUCCAGCGGCCCGGCAGGGGAGCGAAGGUCAAUGUCCACGUCACAGGCUCCGGGAACGCCAUCCUCACACUCGCGCACUCCCUCGGCCAACUACGAGCAGGUCGCUCGACAUGACUUUGAGCAGACCAAUGCGCAACCCGUCAGCGGGCACAGGAGCGCGUCCCAGGACCGCCACGCGAAUGGAAAUGGAAACAGCGCAACCCAUCCCGUGAGGAGAGAUUCCCAACGAGCACCAUCCUCGCAGUCGCGCACCCAGUCGCGCUAUGCCGAUCAGCCCACCCCAGCGCCAGUUGUUGCGGAGAGCAAGUCGGCGAGCACGGGCACGACCACGAACCUGCGGCGACGGACGACAAUCGAUGCGCAGACGGGUCAUUGGGAGUUGGGCAAGACAGUGGGAGCAGGCAGUAUGGGCAAGGUGAAAUUGGCUCGGAACAAAGAGACGGGGGAACAGGUCGCCGUGAAAAUCGUUCCCCGGCAGAGCACCGAGACAGAACACCGCACCCAACAGGAGCGCGAGCGUGCAGAGCAUAGCAAGGAGGUUCGCACUGCCCGCGAAGCAGCUAUUGUCACGCUCGUGGACCAUCCGUAUAUCUGUGGCAUGCGCGAUGUACUGCGUACCAAUUACCACUGGUAUAUGCUUUUUGAGUAUGUCAACGGAGGGCAGAUGCUGGACUACAUAAUAAGCCAUGGCCGCCUAAAGGAGAAGCAGGCACGCAAAUUCGGUCGCCAGAUUGCCAGUGCGCUGGAUUAUUGUCACCGCAACAGUAUUGUGCAUCGCGAUCUGAAAAUCGAAAACAUCCUCAUCAGCAAGACUGGCGACAUCAAGAUCAUUGACUUUGGCCUCUCUAACUUGUUCAGCCCCCGGAGUACACUAAAGACUUUCUGUGGAAGUCUGUAUUUUGCUGCGCCGGAGCUAUUGCAGGCGAAGCAGUACACGGGUCCCGAAGUCGAUGUUUGGAGCUUUGGGAUUGUGCUCUAUGUACUCGUUUGCGGUAAGGUCCCGUUCGACGACCAGAGUAUGCCGCAGCUCCACGCAAAGAUCAAGAAGGGCGUGGUGGAGUAUCCGCCAUGGCUGAGUCCAGAAUGCCGUGGGCUAAUCUCUCGUAUGCUGACCACGAACCCUGUCGAACGUGCAACAAUGCACGAGGUCUUGAACCACCCCUGGAUUACCAAAGGAUCCAGCGGCCCACCCGAGACUUAUUUUCCAAUCCGCAAACCAUUACAGCUUCCAUUGGACCCUGCCGUUGUUGCGAAAAUGACUGGCUUCGAUUUCGGAGACGCUGAGCUCAUCACAUCACAACUGACAAAAGUCCUUGAAUCGGAAGAUUACCAGCGUGCUGUUCGGCUGCAAGAGAAACGAAAUGUACACCCCCUAGCGGAGGUAGACCAGAAGCGUGGCGUUUUUGCGUUUUACAAGCGUAGAAGCUCGGCUACCAGUCGAGACACUCUGAGCCCGCCAUCGAGCGAAGCUAUACAGUACGGAUCCGAUCCUGUAAACGCUUUCCACCCCCUGGUGUCUAUAUACUACUUGGCACAAGAAAAGAUGGAGAGAGAAGCCCGAGAAAAGAAUCCAGGCGGCUUGACCAUGCCGAGGGUCCCUGGAGAAAAUCCCCUGAACGUGCCUGAAUUGGCUGCUCCCGAAGCGGCAUACACAAAUCAUUCCACAUACGAGAUGGCCGGCGAGAAACCGACUGGGGGCCGAUCCAGACCUCGCGCUCGAACCCACGGCGAAGAUGAUCUAUCGCAAGAUAUGCAGGGUGUUAGCAUAAAUGCGACACCCACGAUUGUGGAACCUGAGCAGAGGUCAUCGGGUCAUAGCCGGAAGGAGAGUACUGCAGCUGGACUGUUGCGACGAUUCAGCAAGCGUGAAAAGAGCGAAAGACCUAGCCAUCCCCCACCUGCACUUGACAAGUACAAUGCUGCAAACGAUACACCGAGGAAGAGCUUCAGCAUGCGUCGUGCGCGGGAUUCGAGUCAAACGCGGGACGCCACCAGACCGGAAACUGCGGCUAGCAAACAGAGCGAGCUCCUGACGCCCCCGCUUACUGACGCUACCAACGAGAGAAGCUCAAAGCGCUCACAUGGGCUCGGCAGGUCUGUUAGUGUCAAUUCGAGCGACAUAAGGAGACGCUUGACUAGGCGUGGAGUUUCCGAGGGCUCGUCAAAUCGACCUGCGCAACAAAAGCCUGCGCCCGAAAGGAAAGUUUCGUUUGAUCGGCAAAGUAACAGCCUUCGGGAUGCGCAAUCUGAUGCGGAACCGAGUCGACCGCCGGCUACGAUGGCCAACAGAGCCAAGUCCAUGGGUCAUUCGYGUAAAGAAAGCAUGCUAGUCCGGCGAGCCCGGCGGGAGCAGGCUCGCACCGCGGAUGUUCCUGAGGAGACGGACCAGGACAUGCUGGAUGAGGUUGACAGUAAAGAGCAGCGUGAUGGAUCCGGUAGCAUGUCUUCUGGGAUGAAACCUGUGUUCCUAAAGGGCCUCUUCAGUGUCAGCACAACGAGUAGCAAGCCACUCGUCAUCAUCCGCCAGGACAUCAUUCGAGUGCUCAGAGAGCUAGGCGUUGACUUCAGGGAGAUCAAAGGCGGCUUCGCAUGUCGACAUSCACCUAGUAUCGUGCCACCAGCGGAUGAGACAGCACCGUCUGGAGCACAGCUGGAUAAUAGUCAGCGCCGCAGGAUCAGCUAUGGUGGUAGCCGAGCUCCUGGCGCGGACGAGUCAUCGCAUACAGGUCCGAGACCGAAAGCAAGCUAUACGCAGUCCGAGGAUGACUCAGAAGAGGAGUCAAGAGCAGACGGGACCGGCAGAGGUGAAAGGAUUCGACCCGCCGGCGAGACCAGCACGCACGUGCAGUCGGAUCUAGGCGCACAGAUGACGCUGCGAUUCGAGAUAUUUGUUGUAAAGGUCCCGCUCUUGUCGCUCCACGGUAUCCAAUUCAAGAAAGUGGAUGGAGGGACCUGGCAAUACAAGAACAUGGCACAGAAAGUGCUAGGGGAGCUGAGGCUGUAA